CAAAAUUUGUGUUGUGCUACGUCACAAAUAUGACGCGACUGAUAGCGCUCUGUUUACAACGACUGUCCAAUAUGAUUCUUCUAUCCAAGGUCGCUCGCAGUGCACCACCACUUUUCACCUCAAUCUUUGAUGGAGUUCCGCGGCCUGCGCCCGGCCUCUGUCGACGGCGGCGAGGACGAGGGCCCCUUCUUUGACCAUAAGUUUGCCGCCUCGGAGGAAGGGCUUCGUCGGAGUAAUAACCAGAAUGGAAAUGCGGCGGUGGCGGCAGAGUUCGCCUUCGCCGGAAGUUGUAGUCUCCGGCGCGAUUUAGCUCUCUCAUUCUCUACCUCCGGAGGGUUUUUCUUUAAGGGGCGCCUGGUCUCCGACGACGACUCUACACCAUCGUCCAAGAUGCAAGUGCCUGCUUGUCUCCUAAAACUCAGCGCCUUCACGUUCGGAUUUCACCAGCGGGCGAGGUCGGCCUCGCCGGAGGCCGACACCGGAGCCUACCCUGUCUCCUCGUCGUCGUCACCAACGCAGAGCAAGUUUUCCUACAAGCUCAAAGUAGAGGAGCUGCCGCCGUCGGCCUUCGCAAGGAACAGAAGAUCCGCAUCCGCCGCCUCACCGGCUGGUGAAGCGGCGAACAAGAGGAAACUACCAGGAGACAUCCUCCAAAGGUAUCUGAGCAAAAUUAAGUCUCUUUAUACGAGGAUCUCGAAGCGGUUCGACCGAGACGGAAAGGUCCGUCCCGGCGCCGGCGAGGGCUGGGGAGACCAGAUCAAACAUCAGCGCUCCUCUGCUUCCAGCCGUUUGAGCAAGAGUCGGUCGACAUCGGCGAGGGCAUCCGUCCGCUCAUCACCGCCGGUGGCCAGAAGACUGGACGACACAUUGCUGGAGCAGCAAGACGGGAUCCAAAGCGCCAUUGCCCACUGUAAGCGGUCAUUAAACAAAGGUCCUGAGGCGUCGCUGACGCGGUCAAGUAGCGAUCCGGCCUACGCGAGACCGGCCGAAGGGAGCAACGCACGGAAGCAAGAAGAUGUAACCUUCCUCCCUUUGGAUUUUAAUAACAGGUCAUGA